UUCACAAGCCAAGUUUAGUGUCCAGUGAAGGAGAGGUUGGCAUGGGUACCAGUUGUCGAAUUUGGAUUGAUCGAUUUCAUUUGCCUCAACAGGUCUUCGCAAACAGAGUUUAGUGUCUAAUGAAGGAAAGUUAUUACACAUUCUUUUGAAUUUUCUUCGAGAAUAUUUACAUCUCUGAAAACGAAACUAUUUUUGAUAGUGAUUUAUUAGAAGUCCCAACCAUAUUACAAAAGAAGCAAAUUUAUUGCUUUGAUCAUCCUGUAAAAAAAAAAAAUCAUCUAACCAAAGUAAUUCAGUAUGAUGACUACCAAGGAAGAAUUUAAGAAGUCUAUUAUUACAAGGAAGCAUUCUGUAUCCUCAUUUGAUGAUUUUCAAGUCAAAACUAUAUCUGAAUACUUACUUGCAAUAAAAGCGACGGUGAAUGACUUGAGGGAAGAAAUAGUGAAUGAGAAGCGCAGCACUGAAUCAUUUGUCAUAGACUCUAUUAAUACACAGGUGCAAAUAUUGUAUAAAAAAUAUCAAGAAUUUGUUGAAGAAACUGAAGAAAAAUAUCAGCAAAAAUUAAAGAAUAUUCGAUUAUCCUGUCGACAACAAAUGCAAGAUGCUCUAAUAAUGUUGAAAGCAGAUUUUGAGAGAGAAAGAGACAAACACAGAAUUAAAGACAUCGAUAAGAAAGAGAAGCUGUUCUUGUUAAAAAGGGUUAAACAUUUAGAACAGUGUAUGGGUGAAUACGAAACCAUGUUGGAUGGAUGUAGCAUGCCAAUAGUCAUUGAGUCAAAGAAAGACCCAUAUCACUUUUCAUCAGAAGACAUGGACUUCAAUUUGGAGCAGCUUACUGAAGAGGCACCUAUCGAAUCAAUUAAUUUAAGAAUCAAAGUGAACAGGGUUCAGCAAGAUUUAAUCAGAGAAAAAAUGAAGUCAAAACAAGUGGCUCAAGAAAUGAUGAUUAGAAAUAAAUUGUUGAACAAUUACAUCAAAGAAAAUGAAAAGUUGAAAUCUGAAAAAAUGGGGAGAAGUGUAGAUCAAAACAGGGAAGCUGCAUUAAAAAUUAAAACAAUAAAGGAAGAAUAUGUUGCUGAGGUGGAUCGGUUAAAGACAAGAAUUUCUGAGUUGAAACAAUCUUUAAAUGAACAGCGCUUGCUUGCACAAGCUUAUGAGAGAAAAGGUGCCACAAUUUCUAAAGAGCAGGGCAGAGUUAUUGAGAGGAGAAUAUCUGGCUUAAGUUCCAAAGAAGAUCUGGAUUCUGAAAGGAGAUCUGCCUUAAGUUCUAUGGAUGAUACCCUGGAUGCUGACAUGAGAAAAUCUGCCUUAAGUUCCAGAGAUGGUAGCCUGGAUGGUGACAAGAAAAAAUCUGCCAAAAGUUCUAAAGAUGACUACAAGGAUGCUGACAAGAAACAAUCUGCUGUAAGUUCUAGAGAAACACACCUGAAUGUUGACAAGAAAAAAUCUGCCAUAAGCUCUAAAGAAGACUACAAGGAUGCUAAAAGGAAGAAAUCUGUCAUAAGCUCUAAAGAGGACUACAAGGAUGCUGAAAAGAAAAAAUCUGCCAUAAGCUCUAAAGAAGACUACAAGGAUGCUAAAAGGAAAAAUUCUGCCAAAGAAGACUACAAGGAUGCUGAAAAGAGAGGAUCUGCCUUAAGUCCUAGAGAAUCACGCCUGAGUCCUGACAGGGGAACAUCUUCUCUAAGUCCUGAAGAUGACAAGGAUGCUGACAAGGUAAUUAUUUAA